AUGUGGGUUAACUUGCAGGACAACAACUACAGGUGGAUUGUACUGUUAGUGGCUAGGUGGGACUCGCUGAGGUAAACAACUAGAGGAAAGGUUAGCUUGCGCAACGGGGACUUUAAAGGUAACCUGGAAGUGAUAUCGUGAAAUAAGUUAUAUAAUGCAACUUGUUGAGAUUCGAGAAUACAUAUCUGCAACAAUAUCAAGAUUUACCUUGCCCUGACAGCAUUGAACUCGCCAGUAGCUUUUCCAAAGACAAGUUGCUGUAAUGAUAAAUGAACAAGUCCCCACAGCACCAGAAUAAAUACAGUCACCAGUGCGACUCCGACGCCUUCGUGUAGCAGGCUUUUAUUCUCCUAAUAUUGGUGCCACUCUGCAUCCUUGCCACUGGUACACCUUCAAGCGUCGCUUCGGUGAACACCUGAUGGAUGACGAGAGGGGAAAACUUAUUUCACUGCAAGGAAGUAGACGAUGGUAUAAAUAAAAUCGAAGGUGCAUCAGUUCCCAGUCAAUUAUUGUGUAAAAGUCUGGAUGGAAAGAGAUGCCUCGCGGUGACUUCAACGUUUAUUUUGCAAGCAGAGGAGGACAGCAUGUCAGGGCCGAAGAGGCAGCUGGCAUAGCUCUGUUGGUUGUAAUUCUCGCAGCCCUUCUCAUCGUCGGAUGCUGGUAUUUCAAGAGGAGAAGCGGGUACAAAAUGAUCAGGAGCCCAAGAUCAGGGUCCCCGCCAGGAUUCAGCGGAGGACAGUUCAGCCAGCGAAGAGCUGCAGCAGAAAACAAGAUGGGCCUCAGUGAGCUCCGACCUGUGCUUCCCAAUGCCCCUCCUGCCUAUGAGAAGAUCUCAUCAGGACCCCUACCUCCUCCCUACUCGCCCUAAUAACAACAGUCCUCUGUGGGAUAACCAAAAAGAUUAAACUUCAUGUGUUAUGUCAUUAAACACAUGAUCAAACUUGUGAAGAACAAAUAUUUUGCACUCUAUUCACUAUCACAAGUUUAUAGAAGUAUUCUUCCAUAUUUAAAAAACAAAAAAUUGGGGGGGGGAACACUGUAGUUUCAUGUUAAUGUUCUGACCUUUUAGCUCCACAAGCUUUUAUUUCUGAAUGCUGCUCAAAGAACAAGACUUUCUAUCAAUCCCUGUAUAUCUAACAUAACAAUGUUGUACUUUGGAAGUUGUUUGUUCAUUUCAGUGAUGACUCGGCGGAAGCUAGGUUCCCAACAAACCGGAUGUUCCGGUUUUCAGGAGGAAUGGAAAGCGAGCCUGUGACGCAACUUCCGCUUUUGGAGGUUUACAAGGCGGCGACGCUCCAUCUUAACUCCUCCUCCACAUUUACUGGAUUGGUUGAACAGUGCAGAAUAGAACCUCCCCGGACUAUUUUUUUCCUUCUCGUCAAGACCAGUAUGUAGGGGACCUAGUAUCAGGUGUUUAUUUUAUGCCUGCUACGUUACAUUAGUGACAACCAAAUGUGUAGCAGCAAUUGAGAAUUCUUCUGAAGUUAAUGACAACAGCUUACCGGCUUGAUUGUUUGCUUAUAUAUUUAAAAAUGUACUUAUGAGGAUUUGGAAAGUAUACAUUUCAAUAAAGAACUUAAUUCACA